AUCAUUCAAUAUCUCAUAUCAACGAACAAAACGCCGCAGUUUCCAAAGACAAGAGAGAGGGAAACUUGUUGCGUACAGAGAUCUAGUCAAUGAUACCGAGGACAAUCACUUGGGUCGGUGUACAACCUUCUCAACAGCUGUCAGGAGCUUCGAUCUGCGUGUCCAUCUGCGUCCUCGGUGAAUUCCUCCACGGGUGCGCCGCCAAGGCAGGAGACUCGCCGCUUGUUUCGCGGUUGUGAGGUACCACCGGAGACACCAUGAGCCAGAGGUUUACCGUGACCGCCUUUUCCAAGAGCGACAGUGGCCGUAACGUGUCAGACAUCCAGGGCGAGGUGAACCAACUGUUCGAGGGAGAUGAACCCACUCCGAGCUCUUCAAACAAAGAGGUGUCUUUCAAUACGGAGGUAGUAGUCGUGCAAGGUGAUGGGAACCCCAAGGAGAGUAGUCCUUUCAUCAACAGCAGUGAUGCUACGGAGAAGAGCCAGAAAUACGAUGGCAAACAUAUGGCUCUGUUUGAGGAGGAGAUGGAGACUAGUCCCAUGGUAUCAACCAUGAUCAGUAGCCUGGCCAACUACUCCAGUCUCCCCCAGGGCAGCAAGGAGCACGAGGAGGAGGCAGACAAUGAGGAGGAAGACAAAAAGAAGAAGAAACCUGUCAAGGCUCCACAGUUGGGGACCCUGAUGGGAGUGUACCUCCCCUGUAUCCAGAACAUCUUCGGGGUGAUCCUGUUCCUGCGGAUGACCUGGAUGGUGGGCAUCGGAGGAGUCAUUGGCUCCUUCAUCAUCGUCUUCAUGUGUUGUUCUACUACGAUGCUGACUGCAAUCUCCAUGAGUGCCAUUGCCACCAAUGGUGUUGUUCCAGCUGGAGGCUCCUACUACAUGAUCUCCCGUUCUCUGGGGCCUGAGUUUGGGGGCGCCGUGGGCAUUUGUUUCUACCUGGGAACAACGUUUGCUGGAGCCAUGUACAUCCUGGGGUCCAUCGAACUCUUACUGGUCUACAUCCUCCCCCAGGCAGCCAUCUUUAAGAUGGAGGGUCUGGAGGGGGCCGAGGCGGAGGCGGCGAUGCUUAACAACAUGCGUGUGUACGGCACCAUUGUGCUCAGUUUCAUGGCCACGGUGGUGUUUGUGGGGGUCAAGUACGUCAACAAGUUAGCCUUGCUCUUCCUGGCCUGCGUCAUCCUGUCCAUUCUGGCUGUGUAUGCCGGAGUCAUCAAGACGGCCAUCGAGCCACCUGACUUCCCAGUGUGUCUGCUGGGUAAUCGCCCGCUGAUCUCCAAAGGGUUCGACGUGUGCGCCAAAACAUUGGAGAGUGGCAACGGCACGGUCACCACCAAGCUGUGGAGCGUCUUCUGCGACUCGCCCUUCCUCAACGCCACCUGCGACGAGUACUUUGUCAACAACAACGUGUCCUUCAUCCAGGGCAUCCCUGGCGUCAUGAGCGGCAUCCUCAAAGAGAACCUAUUUGGGAAUUACCUGGAGAAGGGGGAUCUGGUGGCUAAGAAGGGGAUUGCGACCGUGGAGGGCCCUGAUGACACUCUGACCAACUCCAACCGUUAUGUCCUGGCCGACAUCACCAGCUUCUUCACCCUGCUGGUCGGAAUCUACUUCCCCUCCGUCACAGGGAUCAUGGCCGGAUCAAACCGCUCAGGAGAUCUACGGGACGCUCAGAAGUCGAUCCCCAUUGGCACUAUCAUGGCCAUCACCACUACCUCAAUAGUGUACAUGUCAGCUGUGAUCCUGUUCGGGGCCUGUAUCGAGGGAGUGGUCCUUAGAGACAAGUUUGGGGAGGGCGUCAAUGGCAACCUGGUCAUUGGCACCUUGGCCUGGCCGUCCCCGUGGGUUAUUGUCAUUGGCUCCUUCUUCUCCACCUGUGGGGCGGGGCUUCAGAGCUUGACGGGUGCUCCGCGUCUCAUGCAGGCCAUCUCCAGGGACGGUGUCGUGCCCAUCCUACGGGUGUUUGGCCAUGGGAAAGCCAACGGGGAGCCCACCUGGGCCUUGCUACUGACAGCGGGUAUCUGUGAGAUUGGGAUCCUCAUUGCCUCUCUGGACGCAGUGGCCCCCAUCCUCUCCAUGUUCUUUCUGAUGUGCUAUAUGUUUGUGAACCUGGCCUGCGCCUUGCAAACCCUCCUGAGGACGCCGAACUGGAGGCCGCGUUUCAACUACUAUCACUGGGCCCUGUCCUUCCUGGGUAUGAGCCUGUGUCUCUCACUCAUGUUCAUCUGUUCCUGGUUCUACGCCAUCGUCGCCAUGGUGAUCGCUGGCAGUAUCUACAAGUAUAUUGAGUUCCGCGGGGCGGAGAAAGAGUGGGGUGAUGGGAUACGAGGCAUUUCUCUCAGCGCCGCUCGAUACGCUCUGAUGAGACUGGAGGAGGGGCCUCCACACACAAAGAACUGGAGGCCUCAGCUGCUGGUGUUGGUCAGUACAGACGCGGAGCAGAAUGUGGAGCAGCCUCGUCUGCUCUCCCUGACCAACCAGCUGAAAGCAGGCAAAGGGCUGACCAUCGUGGGCACUGCCUUGGCGGGCACCUAUCUGGAGAACCACCCCCAGGCCCAGCGGGCAGAGCAGUCUCUGCGUAAGCUGAUGGAGACAGAGAAGGUGAAAGGCUUCUGCCAGGUCACCAUCUCGUCCAACAUGCGCGACGCCACCUCCCACCUGCUCCAGGCUAGCGGGCUGGGAGGCCUCAUGCACAACACGGUGCUGGUCAGCUGGCCGCGCAACUGGAAGCAGGCCGAUGACCUACAGACCUGGAGAGAUUUCAUUGAGCUGGUUAGGGAGACCACUGCCGCCCACCUGGCCCUGCUGGUGCCCAAGAACAUCGCUGCCUUCCCUUCCAAUGGUGAGCGCUUCUCCGAGGGCCACAUCGACGUGUGGUGGAUCGUCCACGAUGGAGGCAUGCUGAUGCUGUUGCCCUUCCUUCUGCGCCAGCACAAGGUGUGGAGGAAGUGUAAGAUGCGCAUCUUCACCGUGGCCCAGAUGGACGACAACAGCAUCCAGAUGAAGAAAGACCUGACCACCUUCCUGUAUCACCUGCGUAUCGAUGCCGAGGUUGAAGUGGUGGAAAUGCACGACAGUGACAUCUCGGCCUACACCUAUGAGAAGACCCUGGUGAUGGAACAGCGAUCGCAGAUCCUCAAGCAGAUCAACCUGACCAAGACCGAGCGAGAGAGAGAGAUCCAGAGCAUCACAGACUCAUCCCGCGGAUCCAUCCGACGUAAGAAUCCGGCGGUGGUGACCACCCAGCUGAGUGUGACCGAAGAACAGCCCGGGGUGAGCAGCAAGGUGGAGAAACCAGAGGAAGAGUCUGCCUCUGUCGCUGUGUCCCCUCCCACUCAGGUCCAGCUCAUCCACGACAGCACCAGCCCGACCAGUCCGGCUACCCCUCUGACUCCAGCCUCCGAGGGGGGGGCCCAGACCCCAGGGUCUGCACAGGUCCAGAUGACCUGGACAGAAAAGGCCGACGGCGAGCCGGCCAAGCCGCCUGGCGCCUCCACGCCGCAGGGCAUCAAAGACAUUUUCAACAUGAAGCCAAACCAGUCCAAUGUGAGGCGCAUGCACACGGCACUGAGGCUGAAUGGUGUCAUCGUGAAGAAAUCCUCAGAGGCCAAGCUGGUGCUCCUCAAUAUGCCUGGGCCGCCCAAUAACCGGUCUGGAGACGAGAACUACAUGGAGUUCCUGGAGGUCCUGACUGAGGGUCUCAACAGAGUCCUCUUGGUUCGUGGUGGCGGUCGCGAGGUCAUCACCAUCUACUCUUGAGAGAGCAGACCUUUCUCCCCUACGAACCCCUUCAUCUCCCGAACCCCACAUCUAGAAAAAAUACCCCACUUCCAUUUGUGUUUGUAAGACACUCCCCUCACACCCAAGCAAUAGACCAGCUCGCUCUAAAUUAUAUUCUGUUUGCCUAACACACACACACGGUUUAAAUAAGUUCACCCCAUACACCACCCCACCCCUAUGAGCACAAGAAGUUAAAAGAUUUAUAUUGGGUAAAAAAAAUGCUGAAAAUAUGUAUUUUAGCUUGAAAACACGCUGAAAAUACAUAUAUUUUUGGUCGAAAAGAUGCUGAAAAUACCUAUUUGGGGUUGAAAAAAAUGUUUUUAGCAUCUUGUGCUCACUGGAUACAGAGCUACACCUCACUCUUCCAGCCCUUUUCUGGCCCUAUAUGAUGUCAGAGGUAGCUGCUUUUAGCCUCAUAUCAAAUAUAACAGAUGCUCAGAGACUUGGCCUCCCCCUCUCCGUGGCCCAAAUAACUUAUAAAGGAAAGGUUCAGGCCACUUCCAAAUCAGCCAGAAAGAUUAUCAGUCAAUACUCUGAAAUGAAAGUGUAAAAUAGCGCCCUCUGCUGAAUAAUUUGCAGUUAGACAUCACUGCCCAGCUCCACCCGCUUUUGUGUUAUUCACAUCUGCCUUUUGAUCAAUUCACUAGUUUAAAAACAAUUAUAAAUGAUGUAACCUUUAUUUAGCUAGGUAAGUCAGUUCAGAACAAAUUCUUAUUUACAAUGACGGCCAAACCCUAACCCGGACGACGCUGGGCCAAUUGUGCACCACCCUAUGGGACUCCCCAUCAUGUCUGGUUGUGAUACAGCCUGGAAUCGAACCAGGGUCUGUGACUCCUCGAGCACUGAGAUGCAGUGCCUUAGACCACUGCACCACUCGGGAUCCCUAGUCACUCGGCUAUGGAGUCGAAGGAUACAGAGGGUUAGGUGCGCUGGGGUUGUUCAGUGUGGUGUUUGUGCCUGUGUGUUUAAGUGUCACAUUCAUCCGAUUGUGGUUUGUUUUUACGAGGGGAUGUUUUAGAGUGCCAUCGAGUCACCUACCUGUAAACAUGGAGUAGCCUUCCAAGACAGAAUGGUGGACUGAGGAUGUUGACAUUGUGUAGCUCGUCGUAUAUAUCACCCUGUGAAACCACAGCAAAGAGAGAAUAUCGAAAAGCUGCUGUGGCAAACCCUGUUCAUCACGUGCAGAGAUGACCACCGUCGAGAAAGACUGCUACCCACGGUCAUGGUCGGUGGUUGGAAGAGAAUGUGGUCAAUUUUUAAAUCCGGGUCAGUCAUGAACGAAAGAACCACAGUUGGAGGAAGAUGGGAGAGAAACAAACAAGUCUCCCGUGACGACAUAGAUCGCGCUUCAUGAACUUUGACCUCAUCUUGAGCACUCCACAACAUGUUUGUUUUUGCUCACACAUUGUCAUCAUAUUUAUACUUGUCCCCUUUCCCCUUUCUAAGUGGCUAUGUGUCCUUACUAGCUCCAGCCACUGUUAGUGCCAAAAACAACAGGGCUAGCUUGGUUUUAGUUAUUGACACGUCGUUAAACUGUGAGGAGCGUUCUUAGCGGAAAAGUCGUCUAACAGACGAGCUCGGGCUUUUUCUCAAUUGGCUUUCCUCAAUUGCUGCUGUCCUCUUUCCUCGAUUCAUUGUGUUUCCUCACCUCCUUGGACAGAGAGACAAGAGCUGUGUUCGAAUAAUCAUACUAACCAUUUGUGACGUAAAUUGAGUGUAUAAUGUGCUUAUUGGUCAUAGUAUGGAUAUAGUUAGUAUGCAAAAAGUUUUCGGAUUUCGUACUCCAUUCGACAAAAUACGAAGUAUACAUGCAGUAUUUUAGUGCUUUUAGGGCCCAUAAUGUUUUCAGAUUUUAAGAAAAUGGCGGAAAACGAGAGCGGAUACAAUUAUGACAAAUGUUAAGAAACUGUUGAGCAAUGUAAUGACUUUUCCAGUAAGUUACCUUACACGUUAUGUAGGCUGAGAAUUUGUUAGCUAUGCUGUCCGCUGAACAACAUAACAUUUUUUUUUUUAAAUUGACCAUUAUUUAACUAGGCAAGUCUUAUUUACAAUGACGGCCAAACCCGGACGACGGCCUACCCCGGCCAAACCUAGCCAAACCCGGACGACGGCCUACCCCGGCCAAACCUAGCCAAACGUCCUACCCCGGCCAAACCCAGCCAAAUCCGGACGACGGCCUACCCCGGCCAAACCCAGACAAACCCUAACGCGCUGGGCCAAUUGUGUGCAACCAUAUGGGAGUCGCAAUCACGGCCGGUUGUGAUACAGCCUGGAAUCAAACCAGGGUCUGUAGUGACGCCUCUAGCACUGAGAUGCAGUGCCUUAGACCACUGCGCCACUCGGGAGCCCAUGUAUGUACCCGUAUGUUAGCUGGCUACUAAUACAUCAAACUUGCUAGUAUAUUAACUAUAUUCUAUCUAACUAACUCCCCAACAUUUAUUGACUUGAUUAUUCCCAUCAUUGUUAGUUUAGCUAAGUGGUAUAGUUGUUGUGCGUUCUCAAUGGACAUUCGGGUCUGUUUUCGUAAAUUCGCUCUGGCUAUCUACUCCGAUUUCAGAGCGCUCUCCUCUGAGUGUGCCACAGCACAGAAUAACUGAUGAAUUUACUAAUGCUUGACACCAGUUCAAUAUGGCCGGUGUCAGUAAACAUCGUCAAAAAAGUGUAAUUAAAUUGUUGCCAGCAGCACAGAUACAGUUACCAACGCUCUGGAUAACAUGAAAACAGCCUAACCAGCUCUGCUAGGGUGAGUAAAAUGGUCAGAGUGAGGUGUUCUCUCAUUUGUGUCUGGAAGUACUUAGCCAGCUAGCUUUGGUGCUUGACUGCAGUUGGGACUUCAGAACGCUGGGAUCAACCAGAGCAUCCAGUUAGCGCUCUGAACACUCUGAAUUUACAAACCCCCAGAACACACUCUGGCACUCCAGAUUGAAUUUGAUAACAAACCCAAAGUUGUAAAAUGUCUAGCUUGUAAUGCUAACAAGCGAGAGGUUGCAUAGCAACAGAAUCAACUUCCGGUAAACAGGCAAAGCGCUAGUAGGCUCAACUGAAGGGAUACCGUUUGUUUACAGUAUACUAAAAUUAACUUAUAGUAUGUAGUGUUUUGCUAGUAUAUUAAGUAUGUAGUAUACAGUAUGUUAGUAUGGGUAUUCAAACAAAGCUAAGGAAUUGAGGAAAGACCAUUGAAAAAGAGAAAGGGGGUGAUUAUAAGCAGUGACAUCAUCUUUGUCAGGCACCUGAUCCCAGUGUGGAUCACUGUAAAUAAUGUACAAGCUCUGAUGCGUUGUUACGUAUGCCUGUAGUAUUUUUGUGACUUACUAAAAAGCUUCUAGUGGAGAAAAUGUUCCUUCUCUCAAAGGGUCGGCUCCAAACUGCUUUUGGGUGACUUAGGCUCCUAUCACUAUGGUAACUGUUGCUGUAUCCUUGAUGAGUAUUGCACUGCACUGUCCGCCACUGUUCACUGUUCAAGUGAUUUAAAAAUGUUAUUUUUCCAUCUAGAAAGCAAAAUGUUGUUUAUGUUUAUAGACAAAGUUAAAAAUAUUUAUAUAAUAGAGAUAUAAUUAAAAUUAUUGCCAAAUUUAGACAUGUUCCAUGUGCCAUAUAAAAAAAAAUAUUUUUAAAUGAAAAAUAGAUCUAUGAAAGUAUAAUAUUGAUUAAAUUACAGAGUACAAAUUGUACAUUAGGUUGAUGCGUUAGCGUGCAACUAACUAGUAAUAGAUGUACAGUGAUUUAAUGGAAAGGGUUCCACAGCUAUGAAACUCACCCUGUCCAUAAAACGGAUCUCUUUGCAGUAGAAUCAAAAUAUGUGAUUUUGUAUCCACAGAAUUGGCACAGAUGUGAGCCAAUAUUUAUGUCCUGACAAUGAAUGGAUUAUUAGCAAAUUAGAAUAAAAACCUUAUAAAGUGCAUUUUGAAAGGAAUGUGCAAUACCUGAAAUUUGGUCUCACAUAUUAAUAUAUUUUUUUCCAUAUAUUUUAUGUAGAUUUAUUAAUAUAAUCUCACACUGACCAAGGACAGCUAUCAUCGUGUUUUCAUUUUCUGUUGUGAAAGAAACUGUUUUUGGUCACUUGCACUUGUAUUAGAAGUAUGAAUAUAUAUAUAUAUAUAUAUACAAUAGAGAGAAUAAAACAAUUGAUGAAACUAGUUUAUAUAGAUAUUGAACACAGUAUUUAUGUUUAAAGUGUCGUUUGAAAGUCAGACUCAGAUGUUGUGAAUGCUGCUAGUAUUAUUAGAUUUAUUUGAACUGUAAAUGAACAUGUCUAAAGGAACAUAUAUACAAAAGAUAUCAGAAAGAGAGGUAGGCAUAUAUAGAAAAACAUAUCAGUGCUGGUGGCUUGUCUCCUCCAAGACAGGACCCGGCUUUACCUAUUAACUAUUGGCCCGAGAGUCUUUCUGGACAGGAGUCAUUGUCCGCUUUGGAGGAGAACUCUCCUGAAGAUACUGUACAAUAUUUGUGGCAAUACUUAGACCAUUGGGGUGCAAUGUUUUUGGAGAGUCCGGGGGCAGCCCCCCUCUCUCUUUUCACAAAUGGAAUGGCACUCGAUUAUCCCAGACUGCAGGUUUGAAUGUUUUAUUGAGUUGAAUUGACAACAGUAGUGCAAGAAAGUGUUGUUAGCACCUAAAGUUAAGUAAAGUAAAGUUACUUGUUUUACAUUUUGAUUGCACUGACUGAAAUGUUAACU